AAUCGAGCAGAGGCACUUUUCGAAAAUUAAAAAAUUAAAUAAAGAAAUAAAGAAAAACCCUAAUUUUCUCUGCUGUAUUUUAUUUGCAGGCGGCUGCCAAAUUUCACUACCACCCUCACAAAUUUGGCAGAAGAGUUUAUCUGUUCGGAGAAGAAAACAAAACUAAGCAAGAUUUAACACAUGUCAAUAUCCGGAAGAGAACCCUACGGCGGAGGCGGUGGAGAAUUAGACCGGAACCAGCAACAGAGUCCAACAUCUAAUAGCUUAGCAUUUAGAACCGUCGCGGCGGCGGCGGACGGAAGCGUAUACAAGCCUAUUAUGCCACCGUCUAUCAGUAUUCCUAAUAUUAAUAAUAACAACGACGAUGGAAAUCCCUUUCAUCAUGUUGCAUUACAACACCACCACCACCACCAUCAGCAAGAGCUGGUGGCUCUAGGCGGAGGAGUUGGUGUAGGGUACGGCGUUGAUGGACUGAAUAAUAUGAAUAACACCGAACCUAUUAAGCGGAAACGGGGACGGCCGAGAAAGUACUCUCCGCCACCGCAUAAUAAUAUGGGCAUUGACCUAACAACGCCACCUCAGCAAUCUCCUCUUUUAUAUAAUAAUAAUCAGAAUAAUAACAGUAAUAGUAAUCAGUGUGGUGGUGGUGGUGGUGGUGAUAGAUUUCAAUCUUCAUCUUCUCCUACUGCUAAGAAAGCUAGAGGCAGACCUCCUGGUUCUUCUUCUCGAAAAAAUCAUGUUGGAACAGGAGGAACUGGAUUCACACCGCAUCUUAUCACUGUAAAGCCUGGAGAGGAUGUCUUACUGAAAAUAAUGUCAUUUUCCCAAAAUGGCCCGAGAGGUGUCUGCAUUUUGUCAGCAUAUGGUACGAUAUCUAAUGUAACACUUCGUCAAGCUGCAACUUCAGGUGGAACUGUGACUUACGAGGGAUGUUUCGAGAUUUUGUCAAUUUCUGGUUCCUUUCUGCUUUCAGAGAAUAGUGGGCAGCGCAGCAGAACAGGCGGUUUGAGUGUUUUAUUAUCUGGACCAGAUGGGCGUGUUCUGGGUGGCGGUGUGGCAGGCCUCCUGACAGCAGCAUCUUCUGUUCAGGUUAUUGUGGGUAGUUUUAUAUCAGAAGAAAGCAAAGGGUCAAAACAGUGGAUUAGCCAACCUGAAACAAUGUCUGCUCCUGGUGUAUCAGUAGCCGGAAGCCCACCAUCCCGUGGAACUUUUAGCGAGUCAUCUGGCGGACCUGGAAGCCCUCCCAACCAGAGCACUGGAGCCUGCAAUCCACAGGGCAUGCCGAAUUUGGCUUGGAAAUAGGCUUUAGUGUUUUAACAUUUUAUAGUUUGCACAGUUACAUUAAGUAGGUUAGGUACAAUCUUAUCGGGAAUUGACCAGUGUACUUUGUGGUUAACAGUCAGAGUUUUAACCUCGAAGUACCUAGAUAAUGUCCCUUGGAAUUAGUUAGGAUAAUGCCCUUUCUUUCUCUAACUCUUUCAUGUUUGGUUCCGGUGAUAUGUUAUUUUCCUUAAUUUUAGUUAUAAAAAUCAUUUGCUAGUUCUGUUUC